CGCAAGCUUUCGUUGGAUUUUGGCCAUUGCUUGUAAGUACUUGCACCAAACCUAAAAACAGCUGCUUUCCAAAUUUCUGAUAUGGUGCUAGAUGAUCGUAGCCAUCCAGCAGUCAGAACCUACAUUUCUAUCUCGUUCAGAGUAGUUAACCACCCCUUUUUGUGUACACCAACCCUCGCUGAUGCAGCAGCCCCUGGGUUGCGUCGCUGGUCUCCCUUCACUCCUCGAUAAGGCUCGAGGGCUCGAAGAUGGCGAAUUGGACGCAGAAAGCACGGCAAGCUUGCCUCAGGAUGUCUGGAACUCGUUUGCUUUUCUCAUCCUUGCUCUGAAGUGAUGGUUGCACUCUCUCGAAGUCGAGGGUGAUGGAACACUGUAUUGGACCAUGAAUAACGCAUGUUCUGGGUCAGUCCGCGAGUGUCUUGAAUCUCGCUAUGAUCAUUUUCUUUCCCUAUGGUUUCCAAACGUGUGGAUGCAAACGCUAUGACUCACCUCUGGACGUUCGAGGUGGUUUUUACUACGAAGAUGGAGGUGCUGGAGACUGUCUUUGCCGAGAGCUUGAAAUCCUGCGAUCUUUUCAAUUAUGUCCCGCCGGAGGACAUCAUUGAACUCUCCACGCUGCUAUGCCAAGCUAUGCAGUGUCUGGUCCAGGACAGCAUGAAGCUGUACGGACCUGCGUCCACAUCACUGCGCUCUGGACUGCGAAGACCUCUUUCAAAACUACUGGGUCAGGCUGUCGCGAUCGUCUCGACUGGUGUCAAGUAAUGAGAGAGCGUCUUUUGCGCAAAAGCUUUUUAGUUAUGGAAAGACUUAGAAGUGGCG